GAGGACGUUAAUUUAUUGCAUCCAAGCUUGUGGCAAAUCUUGAUAACAACACCGUCUGGUGCAUACCGUGUCCUUGCUUGCUUGUCAUCUUCACUCCGGGCAGUCUAUGGGCUCCUUUGACAUUCCAUUCCAUCAUGUUUAUGGCCAGGGAGAGGUUCCUAUAUAUCUUAAAUGAUCCCUCAAAGCCUUUGAGUUCCUCUUUUGUGACAACGUAUUUCCUUAUGGCUAGUUGGCUACCUUAAAUUUUCGAACAGCCUGUGAUACUUAAUUACCUAGCAAGUAAUCCUCUGAUGGUUUGGUGGUAGUUUCACCUAAUGUUGGUGGCUAACAGACAUUGCAUGUGACUCUUCAUUUCUACAAAUUGUGGCAAUUUUUUUGCAGGUUUUCGAGGACACGUUGGGAAGACUCGAUUUACAAGAACACCACACAGCCUCUGUAUCUUUUCCGGCACUGCUUAUCCAGAGCACGAACACCACACAGUUACUUAAUUUAGCCCAGGUGCUAUUUGGAUCUGGAGCCUGGGAAAUUCAAGACCAAACUGAUUAUGAUAUCUAUGUUCAGCUGCAAGAGAGAUCAAGGGAGUGUGAUGUGUUCCUUGUACAGCCUACAGACUCAAGGACGUGAGUCUAUCAUAGCCAAGCUUGUGGCAGAUUUGACACAGCAGGUGAGUUAUAUAAGUCUGUAUCUAUCUGCACAUAAUAUCUUUUCGUGUCCGUGCAUGUGAUUAUGUAGUUUUCAGCUUUUAUUUAUGUCUUAGCGAUGGUGGUUUGGUCGAGAUCAUAAAAUUAUGAGUAUAGGUAAGAUAAGUGACAUAGAAAAAGACAAGGCCCACUUAAAUUUUUUUCAGCAGAAAGUAAUCUAAUAGGUUCUUGUUGGGCUUUCAAUAUUUCUGUAAAUUUCUUUGUGAAAUAAGAAAAGAAAAGACAAAGGCUUUUUCUUAAGGCCCGUAUAUACUAUAUAGGCAGCGUUAACAGGCGUAACACAACCGAACCGUCCCGGGGUUUAGCUCUGUUUUAGAUUUGGUCAACAAAAUUACACGAUUGUGUGUUCUGUCUUGGUAGACUUUCUUCUACUGCCUCUGUCUGUGUGUGUAAUAUAAUAGGAGCUACUUUAUGUUUUAACUGUCUCUCUAUUGAAAUCUUUAGUAAACGUAUAUUUUAACAUAUAUAAACAUGUUUAUUUACUCUGUUUAUUAAUAGAAAUAACAACAACUAGUCAACUACUAUAAUCCAAAAACUGAAGUUAAAUAAAUUAAAGAUGCUUUCUAGUUGUUAAACUAUUGACAUACAUGUGUUCGUAAUGCACUAAAAUAUGAUGAUACUAGCAGUAUAGCACCAUCAGCAUCAACUAAAGAUAACAAAAGAAAAGAUAAAGUCAUGCCAAAGAAAAGAUAAAGUCAUACUUUAACAAAAGAAAAGAUAAAGUCAUGCCAAAUAGUAUUUGGCAAAUACAAACCAAUCAUACAGUAUAUAGCUUCCAAAUUCUCACCCUUAACCUAGUCUUUAAGAACAGUAUUAUACCCUCUUUUUUUUUUUUGGUUAAGUUUGUUUGUAUUAUACAUCUCACAAAAUGCCAAAAAUAAAAUAGAAAAACAACUGAGGUCCAUGUAAACUUGAAUUAUUAGUGUACCAUAAAGUACAUGAUGUAACUUGUUGGUUGGUCGUAUUAAUUAAUGGACUCAUCCGGAGAAUUCACGAUUGCCUGAUAUAGAAACUGAGCCUCACGUUACCCACUACUACACCACAUUGAUUAAAAGUUAAAAAAAAAAAAAAAAAAACGCAAAAAGAUGGAAUUGGUGGUGGUAACCUCAAAGAGCGUCGUAAAUCCCAGAAACGUUAAGAAACCGACUACUGUGAAGGAGAAGAUUCAUCUUUCUCCAUGGGAUCUCGCUCGUCUUCGCUUUGGUUAUCUUCAAAGAGGUCUUCUCUUUCCCAAACCUGAUCUCAAAACUGACAUAAUCGUCUCACGAUUACAAGCUUCACUCUCUGUUGCUCUAGAUCAUUUCUAUCCUCUAGCUGGUCGUCUUGUCAAGCUCAACAACGACGACGACGACACCGUCUCGUUUUUCAUCAGCUGCGAUGGUUCUUCAGGUGUGGAGUUUGUUCACGCCGAGGCUAAAAACAUCGAGAUCAGUGAUGUACUUCAGUUGUCUGGUUCUGUCCCCGGUUUUUUCAGUUCUUUUUUUCCUGCGACCGGAAUCAAGAACUACCACGGUGUCUCAAGAUCUUUACUUAUGGUUCAAGUGACCGAGAUGAAAGACGGGAUUUUCAUCGGCUUCGGUUACAACUCUACCGUCGCUGACGCCAGUUCAAUCUGGAGGUUCAUCAACGCAUGGUCUGAGAUUUGUUCAAAGGAUUCGGGAGGAUUCGAGACCUUCCAACAUCGUCUUCAACUCAAAGGUUGGUUCUUUCCUAGCAUUGAUUACCCAAUCCAUAUCCCAGACCCUGAAACAAAAGCAACUAGUUCUGUAACAACAACCAAUUUACAAGAGAAGAUGUUUCAUGUUACAAAGGAGAAUGUUCUGAAACUGGAAGCUAAAGCCAACAACGAGGCUGAUCAAAAGAUCUCGUCUAUUCAAGCGGUGUUAGCACAUAUAUGGCGUUCAAUGAUUAAGCACAGCGGCAUGAGCCGAGAAGAAGAGACUCAUUGCAGGUUACCUAUAAACAUGAGGCAAAGACUAAACCCACCGCUAGAAGCAGAGUGUUUUGGGAAUGUGAGCCAGACCGGUAUAGCUCCCGUCACGGUUGGGGAGCUGCUGGACCACGGACUAGGCUGGGCUGCUAUGCAGAUCAACAAAAUGGAGAUGUCACAAACGGAUGAGAAAGCCAAAGAAUUAGCAGAGAAGUGGGUGAAAAAUAUCAAGAUUCCAGUUUCUGUUGGUAGCAAAGAUUUGGUUGUCACAAACUCUAACCGGUUCGAUGUGUACUGCAACGAUUUCGGUUGGGGUAAACCGAUAGCUGCAAGAGCUGGACCACCAUAUCUAAACGGGAGACUUGUUGUGUUCCAAGGAAUCGAUCAAGAGAGUCUUGAUUUUCAGGCUUGCUUACAGCCUCAAGUCGUGGCAAAAUUGUUGAAUGAUGUUGAAUUUAACGAGUAUGUGAACAUUGUUGUAUGAGAGUGAUGAUUUGGUUCAGUAGAUUGAAUGUGUAAAACGUUGAUUUCUCUUGUGUUCAAGAUUCACCAAAUUCAAUAAGCCUCUGCAAUUUUUUAA